GGAAGACUGGGUGAAAUUUAUAUGCUUCCUUUAUGUUUUAAAAUGGCGUGCCGCAUGAGCAAUAUUUGCAAACAGUUCAAACAGUGUUGGUUUUGAGCUCGUUUAUUUGUUUGCACCCCUCACGAGCGCGAGAGCAACACGGCGCGAGGAAAUGUGCGCGCGCCAGAAGAACGCCUGAGCGGCGACAAAAGCGAAGGCGACACGCCCGUUUUCCCGGGCGGCGUUUUCGGUCCUGGCAAUAAUAAAAAAAAAUAGACCCGUCCUCCCUGCUUUUCCGGACGAGGUUCCACAGCUCACAAAAUUCAAAGGCAACAGGGGCCGCUCCGCCUCCUUGUGUGAGGGGAAGCGACCUCCCAGCGCCAAAAACCAAACCCCAAGGCCGCGACGGGGCUGACCCCGUCCCCUAUUCCCAAUCCAUACCGCUACCCCACCCAGAGAGAGCAAGCGCCCUAGCGCGAGGCGGGCCAUUCCCGCCGCUCUCCGCCCGGGCGCUACUCCUGCGCCCCUCCCCUCCCCUCGCGCGCCGGCGGCGAGUUCCCGCCUCCCGCUGUAGCGCCGCGCGCGCACCUGCCCAGCGCGAGCUGAGAAGGCGAGUCCCCGCGAAGGCGGGACGACGAGGGCAGGCUGGCAGCAGGUGGCCACGCGAGGCUGCCCAGUCCCCGCUGAACUAGCGGAGCAUGUGAGCCCUUCCUUCGCAAGACCGGCUCGGAGUGGAGUGACCGCGCGUGCUGCGCUUCCCUCCGCCAUGGGCCUCCCUUUGCUGCUGGGGCUGCUGCUGCUCUCCCGAACCGGUAAUGGGGCGUCGUGGGGGGCGGGCGCCGUUGAGAAAGGGGUCCGGUGCGGGGAAAAGGCGGUGUUGGAUCUGCUGUAUGUUUUCUACCCUACUCCACCCUACCCCACCUCCCUUCAUGGGGGGUUGCUUGGCGCCCUUCGCCGUCGUGCGGGACUGGCUCUGGGGUUGCGGGCAUAGAGAAUCGGGCACUCUGGGGCGGGCCAAGGGAGAAGUUGUGUGUUCUUCCGCGCCUUUUAGCUUUUGUUUUGCGCCCGCUGUUUCUAAUAGGACCAUCCUCUCUCUCUCUCUCUCUCUCUCUCUCUCUCUCUCUCUGUGUGUGUGUGUGUGUGUUUUCCUGUCCCAAGGCAAAGAGGGUCUGGAAUCCUAUGCCUGUGUUGCUGGGAGGCGAGCCCCCUGAGCGGACUUUGCUUCCAUGUAAGCCCGCUCAGGAUCGGGCUGCGCGUGUCUCUCGGCGGGGCGGUGUCUGGACAGUUGUUCAGGUUUCUGAUCCAGCGCGCGCUCGGCGUCUCGGAUUUGCAGGCGGCGACGGGGAGGACUGUCUGACCACCCUGUUUGCUAAUCACUUUGGGUGUGUUCAGGCCAGGCAGAUCCCCGAUGGCGUUAUUGAUGGGUGCUGGGAGAGAAAGGAAAGAGGGAUGUACGGCCAUAGAAUAGGCUACGGAGGAACAGCGCAGUCCCUAUUCCGCCGUUUGCUAACGGAGGGGAGAAAGUGCCUGUUGCUUACGGGGUAGCUGAUUUGCGGGAAUAAAGAUUUGAUCGCAGAUUUCCAUUUCGAGUGCCAGGCUGUUUUCUCUGUCGAAGAAACUUUCGGCAAGUGGCUGCCAAGCUGUUUGCCGGCCAGAGAAGGGCUGUGACCCUUUCCUCAGCCAGAGAAUUAGAGCCGCUCCGCCGCGCGCUGUAGGAGCAGUUUGCAAUGUGCAACUCGCCUGCUCGAUGGGGUCGUGUUCUUAUAAAUUGGCCCGAAAUUAGAUCUGUGUAUGUUCCGAUUGUGGAAUACGAUCAGAAGGGUUUUUCACAUGACGUUUAUAUAUAUUUUAAAUAUAUGCAUAUGUAUGGUCUGCAUUUAAUUUGCAUAUCAUACACUGGCUAUAUUGGUUUUUAAAUUGCGUUUCACACUUGUCAGGGGCAACAUCAGGGGACAGCUAUCUCCGUCUAGCUCUGUGAGCUUCCCAGACAGAUUUGUUUGAUACAGAGUACUGUUAGGUGGAUCCUUGGUCUAAUAUAACAUAGAAAGGUCUAAUCAAACAUGGACAGCUCUUGGGUUGCUAAUGCAGGAAGGAAAGAUGAAGAGGACCAUUUUAAAAUGAAAUGCACAUUCCAUCUGAUGUGAAUUUUAGCAUGGCAUUAUCUGUCAUGCUGCUGCGGGUGAAAUCUUCCAAGGAUGACCUAGAGCUCUCCAAAGCAGCUCAUGCCAUGGGGCAGCAAGGCGCCGGGGGAUGUUGGACAGCUACUGAGCCCUAGGAAGCACAGCCACCUGAAGGUGCAGGCUUAGUUAGGCACUGGAGUGCAAGCCUGAGGAACAAGCACUACACCAGAGUAAAGUGAUACUUGUGUGAAAAAAGCUAUUCAUGAGUAGACCAAAUCCUCAGGCAACCCAGAUGCCCUGCUGCUGUGCUCAGACUAAAAAUCAUUCAGUUCAUGGCACAAAGUGCUGUAGCCGUAAAUUUGCUCCAUUGCCCUGAUGACCGCAUCCCUGUCUACCUAGCUGUUCAAUUCAAGACCUCCCCCACAUCUCACAUUUUGACUUCAGAUUGCCUUUGACCUUGCUUCUUAACCUGCCCCUGGGUUUGAACAUGCAACUAAUACCAAACUGAGUCCAGUACUGUCCAUGGUUAACUGUCAGCUGCUCUGUCCUUGCGUCACCUGGAACAGGACAUUAUAAACUAGGGAAAUACUGGUAAUGGGGUGGGGUUUUUUGUAUCAUGAAUGAAAAUAUCACAGAAAGGGCUGUUGUGUUUACUGUAUCUGUGAUCUGAAAAUAUAAAACAUACUUUUGUUAGAAUAGCUCUAAUCUGCUCACUUUCCUGCAUUAACAACAUUAACACAUGCACAGAUUGCAUGGGAGUGAGUCAAAAUGCUUUGUCAAACAUGAAAACACUAUUCUGCUUUCUACCCUGUAUUAACAUAAUUCACAAGUGACUCAUUCCAGACUAAACUAAUAUGAAGACUUCUUUUAUUUUUGAAACUUGUAUUCAUCUUUAGUUUGCGUGGUAGAAUUGAACUCUUACCUUUGGGAUAAGGCAAUAUAGAGUUUGAAGGCUACAAUCCUAUGCACAUUUACUCAGCAGAAAGGAUACAAUGAGCCCUUUCUGUGGUGGCUCCCUGCUUGUGAGAUGCUCUCUCCAGGGAGGCUCACCUGGUGCUUUCUUGCAUAUCUUUAGAUGCCAGGCAAAAACAUUCCUUUUCUCUCAGGCCUUUGGCUUAUUAAACAACCUAUGGCCUUUUAAACUGUGUGUGUUUAUGGGUGUUUAUUAUUUUUGUUUUACUAUGUUAUGCAUUUUUGUUUUUUAUAUUGUAAACCACCCUUUGAUCCUCAGAUGAAGGGCAAUAAAGAAAUUUAACAAGUAAAUGAAAAUAUACUGCUUGGUAAACAGGAGUAGGGUCAGCCUUUAUGGAACCACAUGCAUUGUUCACUUGCAGGGAAACCAAAUUUCCUUCCUUGGAUCCCCCACAGAAUUGGUUCACAAACUUUAAUCUAGAAACAUAACACAAUGACGAUUAUAUUAAUUUUAGAUAGAUAUACCACUGGCUGUACCACUGGCUGGAUGCGGGUGGCACUGUGGUCUAAAGCACUGAGCCUAGGGCUUGCCGAUUGGAAGGUUGGCGGUUCGAAUCCCCACGACGGAGAUUCCCGUUGCUCAGUCCGAGCUCCUGCCAACCUAGCAGUUCAAAAAUACGUCAAAGUGCAAGUAGAUAAAUACCGUAUUUUUCGCUCUAUAGGACACACUUUUUCCACUCCAAAAAUGAAGGGGAAAUGUGUGUGCGUCCUAUGGAGCGAAUGCAGGCUCCUAUAGUGCAAGUAGAAAAAAAGUACUGCUCCAGCGGGAAGGUAAACGGCGUUUCCAUGCGCUGCUCUGGUUUCACCAGAAGUUGCUUAGUCAUCCUGGCCACAUGACCUGGGAAACUGUCUGUGGACAAACGUCGGCUCCCUUGGCCAGUAAAGCGAGAUGAGCACCGCAACCCCAGAGUCGUUCGCGACUGGACUUAACUGUCAGGGGUCCUUUACCUUUACCUUAUUAUCACUGGCUACUUUUAAUGACCUGGGAGAUAUGUUUGACCACCUGUACUGAGAGAUGUUGAAUCAGUAUUCAUCACAAGCGGUAAGAAACACAAUAAGAGUCCUGAUAGAGCAGAUUGAAAGUACAUCUAGUCUAGCAUCUCAUUUCCCAUAUCUACAAGCCAGCUGUCUCUGGCAACUCUGCUAGUAGCACAUGAACACAACAGCACUCUCCUGAUGUUGUUCCCCUUUAGCUGGUAUUCAGAGGGAAUCUGAUUCUGGAGGUAGUAUAUAGCCAGCAUGGAUAAUAUUCUUGAUUGAGUAAUAAAGAGUAAUUUAGUAGAGAAAUGUGAUGUUUAGCACUACCCAUCUGCUAUAUAACUGACUUUCUGUGUGUAUUGAAACAGCAUUUGGUGGCAUUAUAUCUGUCAGCAUUUACUUCUCUAUUGAAAUUAUGCAGAACAUCAUAGCUAAUGACCCUAUAUCCCUUGCUUCUCCCUUUUACAUCUCGCAGGGCAUUGGUAAACAGUAUGGUAGUUAGCAGCAUGUAGCAUUUUAAUCACCAUGUAAAAAUGGUGAAGGUUAUUAUUUUCUCUAGAGAAACUGCUCAGUUUCUUUUUUGUGGUUUAAACCCCUAGUUCAUGCAUGACCAAACUUGGCCCUCCAAAUGUUUUGGGACUACAAUUCCCACUGUUAGCUAGGGAUGAUGGGAGUUGUAGUCCCAAAACAUCUGGAGGGCUAAGUUUGGCCAUGCCUGCCCCAGUUCAUCUGCUUACCUGCCUUUGAGCUGUUCCCCUGGGCUUAAUUGAUCCAGAAAGAGUGAUCUGUGCUGGCGCGCAUUACCUCCUUGCUUCUGCAAGUGGCACCCUAAAAUUCCAGGCAGCGACAGAGGAUCUAGGCCAAGCAUUGUCACAUCCAAGACAUUACGCUUAAUGCCAGACUGCAAAGGUUCAUUAGAGCUGCUGUGGGCCUUGGGCACCAGAUGGCAGGUGAGGAGCCAACCCUGCAGUAGAACAACUGUCCCACUUCAGCUUCAGAGAGUGCUAUAGCUGAAACUGGUUGUGCACCAGCAGCUGGUGUUGGAAGCUCCUUUGCAGUCCUUGUUGGGCACACUGGGCAAAGAGGACCUGUUGCCUGACCCCUUGUUGCUUGUUAUUUCUCUUUUUCCCCUAGGCAGUCAGCUAUGCAUCCUGGCCCCGCUUCCCUUCCUCUACUUCUGCAUCUCCUCCCUGGUGCAUGUCUCAUUUGCAGCCAGCUUCUGUUUCUGUAGUGGGCUGUACUCCUGUUGACUGUACUCCCAUCCCCAAGGUUUAGGGGACUUCCUGCCCAGGUAGGACAAGGUUGGUGGUUGGUAGUGCUCCCCCACACCCAGGGGUAAGCCUAUCACUGGCACAACACUUCCAUCCACCUGGCUGCUCUUUGGAUUGUGGGCUGUGAUUGCCCUGAUUAGACAGUUGCCUGGCCCUUCCUCCCUUCCCUACACGAAUGGUUGUGGUAUCCCUGCAGAUGGUUGUGUUCCUCCUGCCAUACGAGGUGUGGUGGUGGGAGAGACAUGAAAGAUGGUUGCAGCAGCUAUACUUUGUAAGACAGUUGCCCCCUUUCCCCUGCAUAUCUCUGUGGGAUGCUCUAUAGUCAAAUCCCUGCCAUACAUUUAAAAUACAUCUAAAGCACAUGGCUCUCUAAAAAAUCCUGGAAACUGUUAUCUACCCAUCACAGAGUCACAAUUCUCACAAUUCUAUGUGGGAAGCCCAUGUGCUUUAAGUGUAUGCUGUGGAAGUGAUCUGUCCGAAUUUCCUAAAGUCUGUUGUUAAGUGUAUAGUAAGAAUGCUUGGGAUUCAAUAGAUGUUAACCAAGCCAUAAUAAAAAUUGAAAAUCAAUAUGCGAAGAGAAACACUGAAUGUAAAUCAAAAGCACACUGAGGGAAAUGAGAGAUGGUGGACAGGAAUAUGAGUGUUUUAGAAUGGGGCCAUAUUUCUAUGUUGGGGUGGGGAACCUUUUCAGUUUGAGGGCCACAUUCCCUCAUGACACACCUGAGAGGGGUGGGAAAAGCCGGAGACAAAAGUGGAUGGGGCUCUUAUUUUUCUGCCGAAAGCUCCAUUCCCAGCCACACACAUGCCAGAGAUUUCUAAAGGCCCUCAUGCGCACGUAUCUUUCCAUUUUCCAUCCAGGCAAGGAAGAAGCUUUAUCACAAUCCAAGGACACAUUCCAGACAGACAAAAGCACUUGAGGAGAGCACCGAGCAAGGCUGGUGAGGGAUAAGGCCAAGCUAGAGGAGUUCAGACCUCAAGGGAGCCCCUAGGGCCAGAUAGAUCUAGUGGGCCACAUUUGGACCCUGGGCCUGAGUCCCCCCACCCCUGCUGUAUGUGAUAGAAAUUUGAGGAGCGUUUCAUUUCUGCAACUGUCAUUUUUCAAGGACAAGAACAUCUGCCCUUCAAGCAUGGUUCAGUCCGCGCUGUUCUCCAUUUGGCUCACAUUCAAAUAUAGAAACCACUGCAGUAACUGGUUGGACCUGAAAUGAGUCUAUUUAUUAGUGGUUAUAGUAAGAUGCCAAACGUGAUACCAGGAAGUCUGUCUGUAGCUGUCAUUUCUGUCGCUUAUGUAAGUAUCAGGACGUGAGUCUGGAGCUGGUGCCAAAUUGCUGAAGUGGACUGGAGGUUCAAACAGCACUGCUGUCAAAGACUGGGCCCAUCUAUUUCACCAAAAUGUAGAUUUCCACCAAAAUUCAACACCAAAGUAUAAUCCUGCCCAACUGGACACUGCUGCUUUUUAAAAAAAAAAGGCUUUAGAAACUCUUGAUUUUAUGUCAGAAGAAUAGAUUAAAGUGUGGAGAUCUUCCUUUCUUCUAAAAAGCAUUUAAUGCAAGGAGUGGUGAUCUUUACAUGCUAGCAAUUAUCAAUUGCCAACAGCAAGAGGUAGAUAAAUGUAGAUUUGUAAAAAGAACUCUCAUACACAUCCAUUGGAAUAUCAAAAUAAAAACCAUACUAUAGCAAUGGGAGGAAUUAAGUGUAGCACUAUGGCGUUUGUUUUGUCAGAACAAGCUUUUCAGCUUGCCAGAUGGAACAGCACCCUUUCUCUUCCCGCUUUACACUGUUUUGAGACUUCUUCCAAAUCGGGGACGAAACUAGGCUUUAUUUCACCCGGGUCAAAGACCCAGUUUGGCACACCCCCACCCCUACAUUUACACACACACACACACACACACAGCCUCAGUGGGAGUCCUCUGGAGGCUUAACAUAGGGCAAGAGAAAGACUACCCCCCACCCUGUAGUUACAGCUCUGACUGAACUCACACCCCCCCCCCAAAAAAAGCCAAUGGGGGGGACAGUGAGGGAAGUCCUGUUGCACUAGCUGGAGUCCUUGUCUUUGCUUCCUCCAGUAGGACUUGUUACUUGAAUCCCACACAUCUCCCCCCCCCACUUUGAUAAUAUGAACAACAGGAUAGGCAAAGCAUACAUGUGUGCUAAUCCACAUUAGUGAUUGUGGCAGUAUAAACAUUCCAGAUUGCUUAAUUCAGCAAAAAGCAGGAGCUUAUGCUUGUGCCCUUGAAGGGAUGAGAAAGUGGCUGCAGUAUGUGAAUUUAUGAAAUGCUAACACACACUCUCUCUACUUGAACAGGAGGUCUCCUUGUUCUCUCUCUUGAUCAGCCGCACACCUGUAUAACAGCAGAGACCCUUUGCUUGGCUGAGCCUGCCUGCAGCGCCGCUUAUCAGACCUUGCAAAACUGUUCCCAGUCUUUUUCCAAGAGCAGUUCCCUCCCUGACCAAGAAACCAGGAACAGAUGCUUCGCGGCAGGAACAUUUGUAAGAAACAGUUAUUUUCAGGAAUGCAAGUGUCACCGGCGCACACGAAAGUUGGAGCAGCUGUGCCUGCGCAUCUACUGGACUGUUCAUUUUGGUGAGAUAGAAGCUUUGCUCACUUUUCAUUUUGUAUUAUCACUGGUGGCGGGAGGAUAAGAAUUGUGUGCCCCACUCCAGAGCAAUACCUGAAUAUCUGGGAGAAGACCCUUGGACCUGAUUGCAAAAACAAAACAAAAAUAUUUGCACCAAGUCAAGACUAGCAAUUGUCUGGCUGACUAGAAAGCGUCUCCCCAGGGUCUCAGUCUUCCUACAUCUAGCCUUGUUUCUUGAAAUUCUUUUUAACCAGAGAUGCUGGGGGUUGAUUUUUGGAUCUUCUGCUAUGGCUCCUCCCAAAGAAUAGAAAGCUAUUAGAAACCCAUUGCUUAAUUUUUGCUACCUUGAAAUUUUAUUUUCCACGAUGGUUUACAAAAAGAAUAAAAACAUAUAUAUUUGAAUGUUUACAUUGACAAUAUUCUAAAAUAGAUGUCAAAAUCAAAAAAGAUCCCUCAUAAUUGUUUUUUAGACUGAGCAGGAUAUUAAGGUGUGGCUCUUCUCUUUCUGUUAAUUAAAAUCUUAAGCAUUUCCUGCUUAGUUUUAUGUGCCCCGGCCCCCGCAUUAAGGAGCCAACUGGGAACAUGUAGAUAGACUUAUUUUCCACAUGCAGCUGCCUGCAAGUGCUCUCCCACGCUGAAGAUGGAGGGCCUUCUCUGUUGUGGCCUCUCCUUUAUGGCAUAACAACAUCAUCAACAACAACAAUUUAUUAUUUCUACCCUGCCCAUCUGGUUGGGUUUCCCCAGCCAGUCUGGAUGGCUUUCAACAGAACAUUAAAAACAGAAUAAAACUUCAAACAUUUAAAACUUCCCUGAACAGUGCAUGCUGUCCCUUGGGGCAUUUUCCCUUUUUUGCCAAUUAUUUUUAUUGGUUUUCCAAAGUUUUCCUUGCACUUACAUUAAUAAAUGUUGGUACCAGGCAAAUAGUUUUCAAUUCACCCAGUUUUUUAUGAAAUUAUUUUUUAAUGCUGUAUCAUUGUUUUUAAUUUAGCUCUGAAAGAAUUUUAAUCUGUGCUAGAUUGACAUGUGUUUUAGCUUUGUAUUGCUCUUGUGCUUUUAUGUAAAUGGAUAUGUUUAGAGUUGCAUUCUGCUGCCUUGGUUACCUUUUUUUAAGAGUUCAUAUUUUGUGAUUUUCUGUUUUAUUCAUUACACACAUAACUUAUAGUGUGACUCCUAAGUAAAUAAAUUUAUUUUGCACAGAUGACUUUCAUUUAGAGGUGUCACCCUAUGAAGAUGCAGACAAUGAAGACUCUUCAAAGACCAAUUACAACAAACUGUCAACUAGGAUUUCAGGUAGAACCUAUACUAAAAUUUGGUUGUCUUUUCUUUUCCUCAGGACCUACAUACUACAGCUGAGUUUUUUUAGGGAGAAAGGAAAUGUUUUAUAAGCAAUUUAAAGGUAGCGUCAAGCAGACUAAUGCUAGGAUGCCAGGGUAAACAUAUGGUCUAGAGGUGAGGGAUAUCAGCAUAGACCAAAAAUAAAACACAAACUCAAAUCUGAAAGGCAGAAACAACUGUUAUUAUAAUGUAACAGAAAGCAGAAAGUAUAAGACUCUCAAAGAUAAAGUAGUCCUGUGAGGUAAAUUUUCCACAGAAAAAAAGUUUUAGUCUGAGAGGAAUCUUCUGAGAGGUAACAGCAGUAGCAGCCAAAAGAAAACUCACUGGGUAUGUAGAAGGUAUCACACCUUUUGAUGUGUGUACACAGAGAAUAGGAGUGCGCCACCCACCAAAACUCUGGCCUAGUAUAAAAUCUUCCCAAAUGAGGUUCUGCAUAAGGGUAGAACCCAUCCAUGUGAUUGCUUCCCCCAGCCUUCAAGUCUACUCUGAUGCUGCACAGAGUAUCUGGGUAGAUUACCCAGGGCAGCAACACCAGUGUGCAUGGUGCUUUUCAGAGCACAGAAGGACAAGUGCCUACUCCAAGGAGUCUACAAUCUAAAGCUUCACACAGGGCAAACUAUGAAGGAAAAGGAAGCAGGUGUAAAUAAAUGAAUUUCUGAAUUGCAAAGUGAUAUUGGAAAUUGCUUUGACUACAUUUUCUUCGUGUUUAAUCCACAUCUUCAUGGAAAUAAUCUCUGGAACCCACUACAUAUUCUUGUCUUUCUGUGACUUUUGUUGGCUCCCAUAUAGCUAUGGAUAGGACAAAUCCCUGCCUGCAUGCCACAAACGUUUGCCACUUGAACCACAAGUGCAUGCGUCUGCGCUCACUCUAUGCCCAGACCUGCAGCACAGAGACCACCUGUGAUCGGCGCAGAUGCCACCGACACCUGAGACACUUCUUUGAGAGGAUCAGCGCGGAUUUCACCAAGAGCCUUCUCUUCUGCCCUUGUCAAGACGAGGUCUGUGGUGAGCGGCGCUGGAAUACCAUUGUCCCGGAGUGCUCUUUCCAGAGCAGCAGCAGCAGCAAGCCAAACUGCCUCAUCCUGUUGGACUCCUGUCUGAAGGACAAUAUCUGCAAGUAGGUCUGGCACCAAGGGCGUUGGAGUGGCCGCCAUAGUAAGCUAUUAGUUGUAUGAGGCACAAGUAACUGGAUCCUCAGGCGGAUUGUACAUUUGAUACAGUAAAAGAAGGAAAUAAAACUAUAUGUUUCCAUAAUGCCUAACAAUUUAGAUAGUCCCAGUCUAUACACAUUUUAAUUUUAAAAUGCAAUCUUAUGUUUUUGAAACAGCAGAUCAGGAAAAGCAUCACCUAAAUCAGGGAUGGACAAUUUCUACAUACUUGAGAGCCACUUUAUUCUCCAGACAGAUGUCUGUGAGCCAGAGGUGGUCAGUUUCAUAAUAAAAUUGGAGACCAUCUAGUAAGAAGGACUUUGCUCUUAAGGAGAGCAUAUGCUCAAUAUGUAUGUUUAUAAAAGGUAAAGGAUCCCUGGACAGUUAAGUCCAGUCAAAGGCAACUAUGGAGUGUGGCGCUCAUCUCGCUUCAGGCCGAGGGAGCCAGUGUUUGUCCACAGACAGCUUUCCAGGUCAUGUGGCCAGCAUGACUAAACCAUUUACCUUCCUGCCACAGCGGUACCUAUUUAUCUACUUACAGUGGUGGGCUUUUGAAUUGCUAGGUUGGCAGAAGUUGGGACACAGCAACAGGAGCUCACCCCAUUGCGUGGAUUUGAACCACUGACCUUCCAAUCAGCAAACUCAAGAGGCUCAGUAGUUUAGACCACAGCGCCACCCGGUCCCCUUGUACGUUUGUAUAUUACAUUAAACAUGUGAGAGAUGUAGGACUAACAUGUCUGUUCUAUAAAGUAUUUUUGGUUAAGCCGCCAGUUGCCAGAAAACACUGCUUCAGGGGCCAUGUAAGCCAUGAGCCAUCAGUGGCCCAUUCCUAAUGUAGCUACAGUGGUACCUCAGGUUAAGAACUUAAUACGUUCUGGAGGUCUGUACUUAACCUGAAACUUUUCUUAACCUGAAGCACCACUUUAGCUAAUGGGGCCUCCCGCUGCCGCCACGCCGCCAGAGCACGAUUUCUGUUCUCAUCCUGAAGCAAAGUUCUUAACCUGAAGCACUAUUUCUGGGUUAGCGGAGUCUGUAACCUGAAGCGUCUGUAACCUGAGGUACCACUGUAUUACUUUUAAGAUGAAGAUCUAUGAUGUUGCUUGGCUUUGCAUAAAAAGUGACUUUGGUUUAUAAACUACAGGACAAAUGAAUAAAGCAAUCUCUGUGGUGGUAAAGAAAGCCCUCGUUCUGAUAGUUGUUAUCUUCCACCAGAUCCCGGCUGGCAGACUUCCAAGAGCAAUGCAAGCCUUCAGGCACAUCUUCAGAUGGCUGCUCUCCGCACAACCAUGCUGCAUGCCUGGAGGCUUACAUGGGGAUGGUUGGUAUGUGCUGGGUCCAGAGGAAUUCACUGGGAGCUUGAUGAGGGUUAUACCAUUAGACAUACCUGGGGGGGGGUGUGUGCAAUGUAAGGUCCUGCCUUCCCGGUCUAUGGAACAGAGAGUGAGAAAGGAGCGUAAGCUUCUCUGAGCUGUAGGAAACUCCCUCUUCUGAAGACUUGGUCCAUCUUCCUUCCCCUUAUAGCUGAAUACUAUUCCACUUUCACGUUCACUCUGAAGUUGGAGGAGGAACAUUAACCAUCAGUUUCUUAUGUUAGGUGGUUAUUAGCCAUGGUAACGAAAUGGAGUGUCCAUGUCUAGAAGCACUACACCUCUGAUUUUGAUAUACUGAUGCCAGAAGCAGGAUCACUAUCCCCUUCAUGCCCUUCCUAUGAAGCAUUUGGCUGACCACAGCAACAGUGUGGUUAUGCUUUAGUUAAUUACAAUUUUUAAAAUUAGAUACAUUUUUAUACCUUUCCCUCCCGCCAAUCUGGAGCACAGAGCGACUUCACAUCAGAAAUCCUUAGAAAGAGUUUGAGAUUGGCAGGAUGUUGAAUUGAGCAGAUUGAGAUAGCACAUUCUGGGGUUAUGGAAAGCAUGUCUAGACUGGUGGGUCUGUAUCUUUUGACUCAUUGGUAUUCCAUAUGGGAAAAUUCUGACUCUUUGUUUUUUUCGGUCUUGAAAUAGGUACACCUAUGACCCCCAAUUAUGCCAGCAAUUCCAGUACUGAAGUCACACUGUGGUGCUCCUGCAAGGACAGUGGCAAUCAGAAGGAGGAUUGUGAGCAAGUCCUCAGCUCCUUUGCCAGCAACAGAUGCCUCAGUAAGUCAUCCAAACAUAUGCCAGACAUUUAGUCCAUCUACCCCUAUUAAUUGUUAUCCCCUUUUCAUAAUAAUACUAGAAGUCAACUUUUCUCUGAUUAAUUUAAUUUGGCAGCAGAUUCAGGACAGGCAAAACAAAGUACUUCUCUAUCCAGAGAAUUCACUGCCACUGGAUUUUAUGCAUAUAUUAAAUUUAAAUCCACCUUUUCAUUGAAGGCGCUCAAGAUAAUGUGUUUUAUAAAGGAUCAGAGAAGUUCAUAAAAGAAAGAUCUGUCAACUUAUUUGUUGUUUAGAAACAUCCAUAAUGUUAGAGGUUGUAUGUUAGAAGUUGGCUACAAACAGAGACAUCUUGUUCCGGGGUGGGAAACCUUUGGCCUUCCAGCUGUUGUUCCCAUCAUCCCUGAGGGCAAAUUGGCUGGGUCUGAUGGGAGUUGGAGUCUAGCAAUAGUUACCCCUUCCCAUCUAGCUACUGGCCUCUUGCCUACAUACAAAUUUACCAGAGGCAUCUAGUCAGCCUCUUUUGGAAACAAAGGUCCUUUAUUCUGAUCCUUUAGGGUACUUCUAGGGUUCUUGUUGCGCAUCAAGCAAGGGAUGGGAAACUUGUAGUCCUCCAAGUUAUUACUGGGCUACAGCUCCUAUAUCUCCUGACUAUUGACCAUGUUGACUGGUCAAGUGUUGGAAUCUAACAGCAUCUGGAAGACCAGAGGCUCCCCAUCCCUGUUAAUUAAUCACUCCGGCAUUUACAAAUUCAUUUGUUCUAACUAGUCCAGUGGACUUUACAUCAGCUCAUUGAUCCUGCUGCUUGAGCAUAAAAUCAGAUAUUGGCCCUAACUUUGUCCAAGUCCUCCUCUCUGUCUAUUAUUGUCAACGCAUCUCUUAAAAUGUUUGGUCUUGCUAAGAUUUAAAUAUUUUAUGACUAUAAAAGCUCACAGAGGACGUAAAACAGAACCAAAGCUUGCUUGUUAAACAUUUAAUACCUCGGCUUCUUAUCUGUUGAUUAUAUUUAUGGAAAAGUUUUUCAUGCCCCCCCCUUAAGAUUUGGGCUCUUCUUUGACCAAACGUGCUGCUCCCCUUUGGAAGGAAGAUAAGCCAUGCCCCUGCAGACAUUGGCUGGUCUGUGUUCCCUGUAUGCACCCCUACAACAUGGAAACAGCAGCCCAGCUAAAUCAUGACACCUAAAGCACAGUGGCAAAUUCCGGAGUAGACUUGCAGUGGGUUAAUUGCCACAUGCUUCGGCAAUCAAAAAUCAAUUAAAAAAAUUUGUUGAUUCACUAAAAUCAAUCAAACUGUACACAAGGAGUGUGCAGUGUUUUCUUGCUCAAGAGCCAUAUCCCCUCGUAGGCAACUUUGGGGGAGGGGGGCACACAUGCCAAUAAGUGGGUGGGGCCAGGGGCAAAAAUGAGUGGAUUAAUAAAAGUGGCUCCUAACUUGGUUCGGGACGCGGGUGGCGCUGUGGGUAAAACUUCAGCGCCUAGGACUUGCUGAUCGCAUGGUCGGCGGUUCGAAUCCCCGCGGCGGGGUGCGCUCCCGUCGUUUGGUCCCAGCGCCUGCCAACCUAGCAGUUCGAAAGCACCCCCGGGUGCAAGUAGAUAAAUAGGGACCGCUUACCAGCGGGAAGGUAAACGGCGUUCCGUGUGCUGCGCUGGCUCGCCAGAUGCAGCUUGUCACGCUGGCCACGUGACCCGGAAGUGUCUGCGGACAGCGCUGGCUCCCGGCCUCUAGAGUGAGAUGAGCGCACAACCCUAGAGUCUGGCAAGACUGGCCCGUACGGGCAGGGGUACCUUUAACUUGGUUCAGCAGGCUGUAUUCAAGCCAUGCAAAAAGUCAGAGAAUUCCAUACAUGACUACACAAACACUUCUCUCUGUCAUUCAGGCAAGCAAGAGGCGAUGGUGCAGUUCAAGGACAUAUUUGAGUCAGAGAAAAGCACUCGAGCACAGAGCAGGGCUGUUGAGAGUGUGGCCUGGGAAGGGGGCAUGGCUUGGGGUGAUUCAUGGGGUUUGGAAGAGCCCCUGGAGGGCCACAUUUGGCCCCUGGGUCUGAUGUUCUCCCCCCCACUGUAGAUGCAUGCAUAGCCAAAGCUGAGCAGAAAAGGUCUGCUGGCUCCCUCUCAGGCCAUUUCCAGGCACCAAUGCAUGGCUGUCUUACAAUAAUUUAUCCUGUUAGUUACACCUGGCGCUCAAAGCCUCCGGGACCCAGAAUGUGUAACCUGACUCUGUAUACAUGCAUUCAGGUCCUCACACAAUCUCCUGCGUGUUCUCUGCUUUACAGGAAGUGCAAUCCAGUCUCAGAUGAUCUUAAACCAGAGGAAUAUGGAGGUUCAGGAGCAGCUGCAGUUCACACCUUCCCUGAAUUUCCAGGGAGAUGCCACCAGCACAGAUGGCACAGUUUUCACUUCAGAAAUGCGUUGGGUACGAACCGUUCCUUCUGUUUGACACAAAGCCAGCUUGUUCUGAAUCCGUAGCAGGGAUAUGGGGAACCUGUGGCCCCACAGAAGUUGCUGGUCUCCAAGCUCCCAUCCAUCCAGUAAUGAGGGGACGAUGCAGCUGCAGUCCAGCAACAUCUGGAGGACCACAGGUUUCCCAUUCCUGAUCUGUAGCGUAAGUGGAGUCAGGUAUGUUGUUAUGCGCCUGUAAAGCAAAUGGUUGGCAUAACAAGGUUGCUUUAGUUAAGUGUGUUCUAUUGUGGGAGAAGGUUGAGCAAAGAAGCUGGCACCUUUGUUCCCAGGGAUGUCCUCAGGUCUUCUGAGCAGAGCAGGGGACACCAUGCAAGUGGAAAUGGUGCUGGUGUGGAAAGGAGGGAUUCAAAUGAGAUGUUGUGACGGACAGCAGAUGUAUCCAGUCAUGAGUUCUCUCUCUCUCUCUCUCUGCCUUUCUAGGAAGCUGAGAAAAGUAAGAUGCAGCCAGAGGUCCUCAUGCAAGACGGAAGAUCGUUUCCUAACUCUGUCUACUCUGGAGCUCAUCUUUCUUCGCUCACUUUGACCUUCACGCUGCUCCUUCUGUUACUUUGUCCGCCAUAACAUCAUACAUCUGGCAUUGCUCCUGACUUGUAUUUCCAUGAGAAGGGAAACUGGACAUUGUUUCAUGCCAAAGAGGAAGCACUGACCACCGCAAGCCUCUUCCCAGUGCUCAGCCCCUUCUGCCUAGAACUCUGCCACUUUCACUCGCUGUUCUAUGCAAUGUUGGCCUGCCUGUGAAAGGAGCAGGGGUGCUGGUUCUCUUUCCAGUGCCCACAAGGAAAAGAAAGCAGGCAGCUUGGAGAUUCUAGGGACCUAUUGCCUUCCAAUAUUUUUUAUUUUAAGAGGAAGGCACCCAUUGCCUCUAGACUAGCAAAUGAAAUGCUAUUUCUGGCUUCAGGCUUCUGCCUCCAAAUCUGGAUUCUCUACUUUUUGGUGGUGUUCAGGGCCAUGUUUGUACGCAUGUCCAUUUCUUUAGACAUACAAAACAAAACUUGACAGUGAUGCUAAAUUGUAUCCUCUGCACUUAACCCUUUCUGCCCCUUUGUUGUGACUCAUGAGACAUUUAACACCUCAGAGCUAGGCUGGGCUUCUGUAUUCAUCUUAGUAACUUUCCUGUCUGGUAUUAUAUGAGCCUUCUAGGCUUUCAUAGGAAUUUGCAUGCAGGCUUACUAAGAUUUUACCCACCAGAGUUUCCUCGGAGCAAUGAAGUCUCUCCCCUGAGCUGCAGAGCAAAUAUUUGUUUCCAUAUGUGGCUCCCAAGCAUCCCUCCACAUGUGUUUCUCUACAUUCUGUAGCACCAGACAUUUAUCCAUAAUGUAAUAAUUCCAGAUGUAAAGAUUUGUGUGGUGUAAACUGCUGUUCAUUUGUGCUGCAGUGGAAUGUUGCCCAUUUCUAGGCACACAUUAAUAAUUCACACCCCCAUUGUGUCACCACUUCCUUGUUGGCUGGCUUAAAUUUUUGGAAGAGGUAGCAAGCUAACUGCUACAACCUCCCUGUGUUACUGUUUGGUGGCUGUGAAAGAUGCAGUCAGUAUUGCAUCUUGUUUCUCUCCUACUCCCCAAGAAAAAUAGACAAUGUUGUGGUUGCCAAAGUUUCCUGCCCUAUAUUUGGGAGUGGGUGGGGAACAAGGGCACAAUCCAUCUUUCUGUGAAUGUUCUACCACAUCAACCAGUGACGACAAUGCCUCUGUGAAUUUCAUGUUUUUCUCAUCCAGGUAUGAGUUACUUAUUUGUGCCCAGUGAAGGGGUCUCUGUACUGCCCACCAGCAUAGGCUCUGUUUCUAUGUACAUUUACUGAUAGAUUUUGUCUCAAACAUUGAGGUAUCAUUUGGAAAGGCCUGCCAAUCCAUUCUGCAGUAGUAAUGGUGUUUAUUAUUAUUCCAGCUCUUUACUGAAGGCAAAAAAGGAUUUGCUUGUACAGUGGUACCUUUGGUUGCGAAUGGGAUCCGUUCCGGAGGCCCAUUCGCAACCUACAUCUGCGCACACAUGGUUUGCGAUUUCCCGCUUCUGCACAUGCGCGUGACGUCAUUUUGCGCGUCUGAGCAUGCGUGCACAGGGAAACCUGGAAGUAACCCUUUCCGGUACUUCCGGGUCGCUGCAGGACACAACCUGAAAACGUGCAACCUGAAGCAAACGUAACAUGAAGUAUGACUAGCGUUUUUAAAAUGUUUGUAGCUGGUUGUAGCUGUACAAAUAACUUUGAAAGCAUGUCUUCUUAAACAAGGCAAGGAAUGUGAAAGGGUUACAAUAAAAGUUUAUUAGUUUUUUUUAAAAAAAGAAAACAAGAAAAAUAAAUAAAUAUUGGGUUUGGCAGUGUAAUACUGGCACAGAAUAUGUAUUGGAUCCAGGCACCUGAAGUGUUGUGGGAACCCAGACCUUGGAACAGGCUUAGUAUCCAUAUAAGCUGAAAGCUUUUGCAACAGUGCAAAUGUUUUUACAACAUUCCUAGGGUAAGCAAGUCCUGAGUGGAAAAUCAUGGGAAGUCUUAAACUUCAUUUGUAAAUGCUUUCUCAUAAGCCAAUUUGCAUUUCACAACACUGUUCUCUAUUCUAGUUCAGUUGCCAAAUCAGGCUUACUUAUACAACAUAGCAAGUUACAAAAAUAAAGUUCAGCAAUUUUAUCCAGCUAAGAAGCAUACUUAUUGUAAGAUUUCAAGUCCACAACCCAGUCCGCAAUAGGUCCAGUACCCUUGUGCGGUGGGAUUGGUCCCAGUAGCGCAGGGGUCACCAACCUUUUUAGGCCAGGGCAUACUUGUGAAAUUUUGAAAAACUGCUGUGAGCACCAGUCAUAAAAUGGCGGCUCCAGAGGUGUUUAAAUUACACAAAAUGGCUACCUUGGGGCAUGGCAGAAUAUAUAAUGGCUGCCACAUCUAAAAGAACAGAAAAAGAGACAGGGCCACAAAAUGGUGUGGGAGUGGCCCACAACAGUGCACACAGCCCUGCCAUCAAUGGGGAGAAAAACCUCAGCCUCUUAUGCAUUCAAAGAGAGAAGCUCUUUGCACCUUCUCUCUGUUCAGAAUGUAAGGGAGGGUGUCCAGUGCUGGCAUCCAUGGAAAUGUGGGCAUGAUUUUAGACUGGGGGUCUCAGUGCAAGCAGCAAUUGAGCAAAAUUGUGCACUGGAUUUUUAAGGGGAUUAUUUACUGAGACCUUCCAUGGGAACCAUAGGAGGUACUUGCAGGUAUGCUGGCAACCCUUGCUUGAGCUUUGUUUUCUUGCUCUCCCUGGUUAGAGUAAGUGGGUGCCUUCUUAGGUCCACGUACCUGUCUCACCAUCCUCUUUCAGCCCCGCUCCCCCGUCACUUCACUAUAAAUUACUUGUGCUCCAGAACAUAAACUACUUGCUCUGUGGAGGGAGGGAGGCUGUAUUGUGGUAGAGAAGUGUGGUCCCUUUCUCCUCCUACAUGGGUAAGUGGGGGAAGGGGCAAAACUGCUUGCUGGAUCUGCAGUGGACUGGAUCAUGCCCCAACUGCUUUUAUUUCUAGUACAUUCCACUGAAAUUCCAUUUUCCGUAUCUGGCUGAAGUGACACAGUAUUGAGUCUCUGUUGACUUUUCAAUGUUGUGAUGUUAUUUCCUGCUACUUAACAUAGUAACAAUGGUAAUUUGUCUCUACUGAAUACACCAGCAACUCUCAUGCCUUUGUUAAAGCUUCAGGGCAAUAGAAAUCUCUAAAAUGUUAUCCGUCUUCAAAAUACAAUUUAGGUCUCUUGGCAAACAGAGGAAGCAGGAGCAUUGAGAGCUGCUGUAAUGUACAUUGCAAUAUCUUACAAAUGUGGUUCAGACUAUAAUAUCCAAAAUAAAGUUUAUCUUACAACUCUGGGAGUUCCUUUCCUUUACAUUCAGCAAAAAAUGCACAAAAUGUCAGUUCUAUCUAGUGAUGGCACAGUGCAGGCAGCUCUCACACAACAGGUUUGAAAAUGGAACCAAAACAGAGAGAUAGGUCUAGUCUCUCCUGGCAACCUAUGGUGUUAGUAUUCAAUUAUGUUUAUAUAACUUGACACAGGAAGCAUUGAUCCUCAAGCCUCAACUUCUCUAUGUGUUGGCAUUCAUCUGCCUUGAGAGACAAUGGAGUGUGCCUCCAGGGGUGAAGUCAAACCGCUGUGCUAGCAGCACCAGUAACCUCCCCAGGGUGCAAGUCGUGGUGGUGUGUAUGGAGAUCCUGGGCUUCCCAGACAACGACCCCCUCUUGGCUUCACAGACGUAGUCCAAAGACAAGCAGAGCAAUAUGUUCAGCACCAGCUUGGCUGCAGGAGUUGCCAGAAGGAGGCAUGCAAGAUGGCAUCCAGCCCUUUUAGGGACUCCACUCCUGAUUUGUGUAGGGUUUACGCCUUAGCCUUUUCUUCUCCUGAAGAUAGCCCGCAAGGCAGCAAAGGUUUAGGAUAAGAGUUUUCCUUCUAGACUGGCUACCUUCUCAGGUUGACAAGCUCCAUCUGCCCCUCACUUCCCUCUACAGCACAUGCAGAAACUGCCCUGGUGGUGCAGGAGAGGGACCAGGCACUCACUUGCUCAAGGCCAUGCUGCGAAAAUACAAUUUCUUGUGAUGCAAGAUUUCGGCGAUAACCUUUAUCUAUAAAGCUUCCAUCACACUUGCCAACAAAGACCAGUCUAAGAACUUGGUGAAGAAAUAGGUUCAUCAGUGUGCCAACUUUGUUAAACAGAUACUAUUCCAUAGGUUCGCUAUUCCUCUGGAGAUGGGGAAAGGUUAGGUUGGUUGUUUCAUCAUAGCCUUGGGAGAGUUUAUAGUUGAUUCGGCAUGUGUUCCUGUUGAAGCCCUGGUUGAUCUGUGGAAAAAAUGAGAUAAACCAGAUAAUGGAUGCGAUCUCUUCUAAGUACACACCCUUGAAUGGCUUUCUGGUACCCCAGGGAACUUGGAGUAAUAGCAGCAGGGAUAAUUAGUAGAAUGUAAGUGGAGAAAGAUGUUGGGAUACUGCCAGGGAGAUAAAGUCCAUCAUGGCCCCCAAGCCGGCUGCUGGACGAUCCACCGAUCUCCCAUAGACAUGCAGUAUCUGCAAUUAGCGACAUGAGCUCCAGAAAUAGCCUGCCACAUUCUAGAGCCGAUGCACACUCUCUAUCAGCAGAUAAUGCACAGCAGAAGUCGCACUCAGGAGAGCAUUAUUUACAAGUUUUAUUCAGCGUUGAUCAGAACAAAGAAAAACAUGACUGCCUGCUUCAGUGUCUCUGACACAGAGAGAAACAAAAGCAAUAGAAAACAUAAACUUCCUGUGAACAGGAAAUGCGCAGACUCUGUGACUCACAAAGCCUGCUCCCUUUUAAGGUGGAACGGAAAUAUCCUAACAUCCUCCCCCUUUCCGUGUAACCUGUAGUACCUGUGGUUCAACCCAAUUGCAACCUCUGUACAUAAACCUUAAGUUGUUCUCUGUUAACAACCUUAGACAACAGAUCAGCAGGAAUUUCAUUUCCUGCCAUGUAGGACACCUGAAUGAGUCCUUUCUCAAUACACUCUCUUGCACGAUGUAGCUUAAUCUGCAAGUACUUGGUUCUUUGCUUGCAACUCUCUGAGUUCAGCAAAGCCAAACAGGAUCUAUUGUCUUGAUACACUUGUAUAGGACAUUUCACAGAAACUCUGAUGUCCUUAAACAGUCGCAUCAACCAUUCACAAUCCAUGAGUGAAAAUGACAGAGCAUUGAGUUCUGCUUCACAGGAACUUAGGCUCACUGUCGUCUGCUUCCUGCACAGCCAGUCAAACAAACAGUGGUUGUACAUGUAGCAUACUCCAGAAGUGCUUGUACCAUCCAUGGUGUCACUUCCAAAACUUGCAUCUGCAAAGAUUUCAAGACCUCCAGUCUUCUGACUGGUGAACCUCAGCCUGUAGUGCAAAGUCCCUUUUAAAUAGCGGGCUAUGCGCUUCAGAGCUUUCCAAUCCUGAACAGUAGGAUUGUUAGCAUGUCUGCUAAGCAGGUUAGUGCUUACAGCAAUGUCAGGUCUUGAGCAUCUAGCAAUGAAAUUCAACUUGCCUAGAAUGCAUCUGUACAGCGUUGUGUCAGAAAACGCUUCAGCAGUACUAUCUACCUGGUAACCUGUCACCAUCGGUGUGUCUGCUGGGUUUGCAUCAACCAAAUUCAACCUGGUUAAUACAUCAGCAAUUUUCUGUGUUUGAUGUACCAGAAAAUUACCUGCUUGGUCCCUCUCCACCUGCAGAGAAAGAUAGUUGGAUACCUCACCAAGAUCCUUCAUGUCAAAGUGCUCCUUCAGCUGAGCUAGGGUGCUUUGGUACAAAGCCUGAUUCUUCCAAAACAUCAGAAGAUCAUCAACAAAACAUAAACAAUACAGUUUGUUUUGCCCCUCCUCCCUGACAAACACACAUGGAUCAGCUUUGCCCUGGUGAAAACCUAGAGAAAGCAAUGUCUCAGUGAGUUUUGUGUUCCAACACCUGGCACUCUGCUUGAGACCAUAUAAGGAUUUCCGCAGUUUACAGACCAUCCCCUUCUGUAUCUGCAUCCCAUCAGGUGGAAGCAUAAACAGCUCCUCGUCCAAAAUCCCAUACAAAAAAGCUGUAUUAAUGUCAUGAUGGGAAACAUGCAAUUUCUCCUCUGCAGCUAUCUUGAGCAUCAGCCGAAUGCUCUCAUAUUUGACGGUGGGAGAGUAGGUCUCGUGGUAAUCCUGUCCUGGUACCUGUGAAAAACCUCUGGCAACCAAUCUGGCUUUGUGUCUAACAACCUUGCCAUUCUGGUCUGUCUUGGCCUUGAAGACCCAUUUGCUGCCAACCAGUCUCAUUCCUGGGACUACCGGUACCAGUUCCCAAGUUUGGUUCCUUUUCAAGGAAUCAACUUCAGCCUUCAUGGCAUUUAGCCAAGGCUCAGCAUCUUUAGAGGUUAACUCCUGAACCUCUUUGAAGCUUGAAGGUUCCCACACCUCUGAGCUACUAAGAACAGCAGUUGCUGUCUUAGCAAACUCAUCAGCAAAUCUCUUUGGAGGUCUGCCCUUUGUGGCUCUUUCAGAUCUGUGUACUAGACGCAAGUCUUCUGGACUCAUCUCCUCCUUCUUAGGAGAAAAGUGACCAAUGGUGAACAGUGGUUCUUCCAGUUCAUUGUCAGAUGCAUCAGAUGGUCUGACUGAGGCCUUUGCGCUCUUGUAGUCUGCUGUGUCAUCACUGUCACUGACACCAGCAGCAGCGCCGCCCACUGAGCUGGAAUCCGAACUCUGCUCAUCAUCCUCAGCUUCCUCAGCUUCCUCAACAUUAUCUGCUUUCUUCACAUCACCUUCAUCCUCCUCUGGGUAACUCUGGAAAAUUCCCACAUUUCCCCCCCACUUAGGAUUGUACUCAACACUCUUUGUGAACUUAAUGGACUUAGAGUCAGUCAUCCAUACCCUGUAUGCUCCUUUUUCGUACCCCAUGAACAAACCAUGUGUCCCACGCUUCCCAAGCUUGUUGCUCUGUGGGGGGUGUACCCACAUGUCAGAACCAAAGAUUCUCAUGUGCUUGAUGUUGGGUUUCUUACCAAACAUCUUCUCAUAGGGGGUACAACCAAUAGGUGAUGACAAUCUCCUGUUAAAAGUGUAAACAAAGGUCGACAGAGCCUCCCCCCAAUACUUAUCAGGGAGAUUGGCAUCAUGCAACAAUGUUUUCAUUCCUUGCAGCAACGUUUGAUUUGCUCGCUCCGCAAGUCCAUUCAUCCAUGGUGAUCUAGGCGUUGACAAGUCAUGCUGGAUUCCCUUCUCAGUCAGAAAAGCUUCAAACUGCUGAGAAGUGAACUCCCCGCCCCGAUCAGUAAAGAGACAGCCAAUACGUUUACCGUGAACAUUCUCCAACCAAGCACAGAAUGCCUUGAACCUAGGAAACGCUUGCGAUUUCUGCUCGAGCAUAAACACAUGAAUGUACCUGGAAAAAGAAUCAAUUAGAACCAUGAAGUACCUUGCUCCACCCAAAGAGGGCGCAAGCGGACCAACCAGGUCUGCGUGGACUAGCUGGUAGGGUUUGGAAGCCUGCCUGCUAGACUCCUUGCCUUUUGGAGCAACCUUCACCUUGUUCUCUGCACAAGAUACACAUUUCAUGCGAAACUUACAGCGUUUGAUGUUCAAACCCUCAACCAACUUAGGCAUCUUGGCCAGCGCCUUCCAAGACAUGUGACAAAAUCUUCUGUGUGCAUCAUGAAUGCAUCCUGCAUGAAGAACUUUGUUAGUCUGUGCAACACAACAAGAAUCAACAUUAGACACAACAGCACCAUUGUCAUCAUAAGUUAUACAGAACAAUCCAUCUAUAAACUUUGCAUGCAAAAUGUCCUCUUUGCCUUUCCUGAUGACACAGACGCUCCUCUUGAAGGAAAUCUCAAAGCCACGCCCAGUAAGCUGUGGGACACUGAGCAAAUUGUCUGCAGCACCUGGAACAUACAGUACAUCUUUGAUGGUCGUGUACAGACUUGCCAGUCUCACAGUCCCUUCUCCUGCAAUUCGUAACAUCUUUCCGUCAGCCAGGUGGAUCUCACCUUCUUGAGGUUUGAAGGAGAUAAAGAGAUGCCGGUCUUUUGUCACAUGGCGGGUGCAUCCAGAAUCAAUAACAAACCUGGCCUUGGCCUUUGGAGCAGCUUUUCCAGCAAGCAAAACCUUGUUUUCCACCGGCGUGGGCUUUUGCUGCUUGCCCCCCUGCUCCUGGCCAUCAAACUUGCCUUUAGCCUUUGGUGAAGCUAUGCCAGCAAACAAAGCCUUGUUUUCCACUGGCGUGGGCUCUUCACCCCCCUUCUGCUUCGGGCCAUCUGCAGGCAUCUUGCUCUGUUUACCUCUGGCCUUCUGGCCUCUGCAAAGGCGAUGACCUUGGUUCUCACGAGAAACAGAGUUCUCAGCUGCCGACUCCUUGGCUCUCCCUGGAGGCU